AGCGUCAGCAAAUACCCUUUGUUAAACCAUGUUGCAUCCGAAGCCCAGUGCCGUCAAGCAGCAGAUUCUUCUGAACGGCCUACUUCAACAACCGGGCCGCCGUUGCCAUGAAAGCACGUCGCGAGCUAACGAGAGAGCACUUACACCAGUUAAUGAUCCACAUGAUGGUGUUGGAAUUUGGUGAUGGGUGGGCGAUCUCCUGUGCAGACUGUAGUUGAUGGAGACGAGUGUAGCACCUGAGCGAGUUCCUUCAACAGAAUCUAAAAAGUGCCAAGCUAGCGUCCCUGGAGGAUCGUGUUAUGUGGCGGAUGAUGACCGAAGAGUCCAAGGUUGCAGAAGGACGAUGUCAAGCGAUACUCGAAUCAUCAGAAGCUGGCAGGAAUUGGCCAGCAAGGCGCAUUGGCCACCGCACAGGGAUCCCGGCUAUGCACGGACUCACAGACGGACAGGUCACAGCAAGGCCAAUUCUUACUGCCUGAGAUACCAGGCUGUGAUCGUUCGUCUUCUGUAUGAAUCUGGCCGCUUCCACCUGCCACAAGGUUUUUCAUUGCCCUGGCAAGGGAAUGACGGGAACCCUUGCCCGCCGAUGCACAGAGACAGAGAAGUCUACACUUGGCUCUAUUGCGCCAUCAAAGGCCGGCGCGGCCUCGUGUCUAACAUAAGAUUACAACCAAAUAACAAUCGUUCCAAAUCUCCAUAAACAACGCCAAUAUGGUCUUCGAAAACAGACGAUCAAACCCUUGUUUCGCCGUGGCUCAUAAAGUCAUGAAUGCCGU